AGCAAGCGGAUACAUAACCCUUAAACACCCGGACGCUAUCCAAACAGACGUCACAUCCGCAUAUAUAUAUCCACUUGGACGUUUUUUUCUUUUUUUAAAUAGAAAUAUCCACACCACCACCACAUAGCAUGAAACUGUGGCUCGACGUCUUGCUUGUGGUUGCCGUAGUGCUUGGGCCUCCCGUGGUGACCGUCAUGAGCCUGCAGUACUACGGCCCCGAAGGAGUGAAUUGCGGCCUCGUGCUUUCAGGCGUCUACCUCAUGCUCGUGGUGGUCGCCCUCGUCGUGAGGAGGAAGCGCCAGGCCUCGAGACACGAAAAUACUCUGCAGGCGAUCCGCGUGGCAGACUCGCCUCCGCCCUACGAGUCGGUCGCCGCCAAGCCUCCUCCGUACUCCGUGCUCUACGCCUCCGCCCCGCCCGCCGAUGACGUCAUCCGCUUCCCCAACGGCAUCUCCCGCUUCCCGAUGACGUACGUGCCCGUCCACAUCCCCCGGCAGGACAUCGUUCGCCACAAGUCCCUCGCGAGUCCUCCCGCGCUCGGCCUCGCGAGACAGGAGUCCUACGACGCAGGACUCCCGACGUAUCAGGAGGCCGUGCGGUACAUCUCGCUGGCGACGCACGUGCCCGGCGAUUCGCUCAAGUGAGGACGCGCUGCUCGAGGUGACUGUACUCUGCCUCUGUUCAGCCGCAGGACACGUGCUGCGUCUGCCUGACUGGUGCCUCUAAGGGUGGCUCUCCCUCUGGCCGAGAGUGACGUCAGAUCCCCGGCCGGAGCGGUGAUGUGCGCGUGACAUCCUCGGACUUGGGGAAGGAGGUGUCGGCGCGAGGGGCUUGGCCUGAGGAGAUGACGAGAAGAGGAGGAGAUGGUGAGAGAAUAAAAAAGAUGAGAAGAAAUGAAGAUAAGACAAAACAAAGGAAGUCUUUCCCUGAACUGUCAACGGUAUCCUCCUGCCAAAGGGAGUCCAGGGCACGCCGUGGAUUUCAUUGCAAGGAGAAGCUCUUCAGGGGACUGCUGGGGACGCCGAGCUCCUGAGAAAGUCCUCCUGAGAAAUCCUCGUCUGGAUUCCCAAAAGGGGCAACGUUUUAGAAAAAUACAUAAUGAUACAUGCAAACACGCAA